AUGGUAAGAACCACGUACGAAAAUUUCAAACGACGCAGUUCAGGACGACGAAUGGCACGUCGGCUAUGUAAUGGGUAUUCAUCGCGGGAUCAGCUUCGUAGUUCUGAUCCGAGAAGGAAUAUCGGCGACAAUAGAAAAUGAGCGGCUUAAUAACGGGCGGCCGGGACGAGAAAUUCAACUCGGCGACUUUUUAGAAGUCAAAUAUGUGUAAGAAUGACAGCACAGUCUAUCACUUAUCAAUAUUGUCGAUUCGAUUUCAGUGAGAAUAAGCAUUGUAGCGAUAAGGACCGAGCUCGUCAUAAAAUCGUGCAUUUCCGCAAGAUCACUCCGCUCGCCGUGACUAGAUUUGAUCACACACCGCACGGUGUUGACGUAAUUGUGAGUUGGAACACGAUUUCGAGUCUUCAUACAUAAAUAUUUAGAUCACUACUUCGGCCUACUUCGAAAGUCUAACACACGAUAGGAAGCACAAAAUGCUCUUCAACAAUACAUUUGGUGCGUUUAUCGACGUCAAAAACGUUAUCAAAACAACCAUCCAGCGGGGUGAAUGGGUGAACUUUGACUUCAAGGUAAACGAUUUAGAAAGGAAUUAGAAUUAAGUUAAUUUUCAGUGUACCGGAAGCAAGAAAAAGCGAAACAGCUCGAUAUUCGUUCCGGUCAAAGUUAAUGAAUAUCUUCCGAACGCUCCGAAACAAUGCAAUGAAGAGAGAAGAUGUGAAGAGGAGAGAAGAUUCGAAGAGGAGAGAAGAUUCGAUGAGGAGAGAAGAUUUGAAGAAGAGAGAAAACGUGAAGAGGAGAAAAGAUUCGAAGAGGAGAGAAGAGAAGAAUCACGAGAAAACUAUCCAUAUUUUCUAACAAUGACUGGCUUUGUGGGAGAAGAAUCACAUACUAUAGGCGGACGAUGUGUGUGGACAAAAGACAAAACAAAUGACGUCUUAUUCCCGGAGCAAUUCUAGUUUGUUCAUGCCUCUAAUCAUUCAUCUUAUCAGAUCAUUUUCAGCCCACCAGGAAUUGAAAUUGCUGGAAAAUGGAUCCGAUUCGUUAUGAACCCUGUGGAGAAUCGUAUCGUGGAACCGCCUACUAUCAUUGCAGAAGAAUACAUGAGCCGUGUUGAGUGUGGUCUCUCGGAAGUCUGGGCAACAUUUGAAUACGACGGUUACUACGAUCAAGGUGGAUUUUGUGUGUUCAGAGAUAUACCUCGCUAUUUUGGAUUGAUUUCCGACCCGGACCAUGUUAUUCAUCAAACCGAAAACAGUGGACCGUAUAGCGGCUGGAUUGGCCGUUGUAAAAGUGACAUUGCUGACUGCCGGUGGAAAAUAUCUCCAGAACAAGACGCGCCGCGGUGCAAUGGUGGUCACAAGGACUGGGAGGAAGUACCGCGCUCUCCAUCUCCAGAAAAACGCUUCUUCGAUCUUGAAGGCGAAGAAGGCUGUGAGGUACCCAGUACCUCUGGUCCCAGACCGUCCAUGCGCGAAGACGGCGAUGACAGGCGGGCCCCUUCUCGCGCGUAUCCGAAUCAGUUUCAACUGCGAACACCUCUCAAGCUCGAAAAAACCAGAAAUUACGAUGUGCAGGACACGGACGAGCGAUUCCCAUCACCUGUUCGCAUAUGGAAUGAAAACGAUUCCAAAAACGACGUCGACAGAGGAGAUAGUCAACAUACAACGACGAUUUCUCGAUGGCUGCCGAAUUUUGAAAACGACGUAGUCCCGGCGAGCAGAAGAGCUAUACCGUCCGCUGGUAACUCGGUGUAUAUCACUUCGGGUGAAACGCCCAAUACUUCGCCCGUAUUGAAUAGAAGGCAUGCUGAAUACGACUCAUACGCCCAUGUAAGAAUCUAUCUUUAUUCUCAACAAUUGAACAUGAUUUCAGCGCCUCUUACGUGCCAACGAGAUAUUGAAGUAUUUCGCCAAGAGAGAUCCGACAAUACCGAACAAUAUGAUAUUGGCUAGAGAAGAAGAGUUUUAUGAGCUGAUGAAGCUUACCAGCCUAGCGAGUUGAAUAAUUUUCAAAGAGUUUAGUUCCUGAGAUUCAAUCUUCAUUCAUCUCAGCUAGUUCGUCCUGCUCUAUUGUUCUAAUAACCGUAAUCCAUGUCUUUUGCUGUGCCAUUAUGACUAUUUUCGCAUUUCUUGUCACUCGUAUUAGUCCCGAAUUAUCUUAAUAAUUCAUAUUAUAAACGGUAUACCGGUCACUUUUUCUUUAAUCAACGUUUUUCCCGUUUUUAUCGGAUGUUUUACUUUCAUUCAUUGCCCACCAAGUGGGCUUCAUUUCCUUCUUCCUUCUUCAUUUCAGUAUCAUUCUGAUUUCAGACAAAUACGUACUUGUGGCGCCGGAGACUAGACAGCUCACAGCGCUGCCGUUCGAUCUCAUAAUGGAUAGGCCGAAAACAGUUGUAGGAUUGGUAACCUUUGACUCCUCUCGAAACGCCUGUUUCCGUGUAUGGUCAAAAUCAACUGAAUUCGAUUACAUAAUUGAUUACCGACUCUGGUGUGUCAAGGCAUCCACUUUAUUAACAAAUGAUUUUUUUCAGUGAUCCAGAUAUAGACCUCUUUGGAAAAUGGGUCCGAUUCGAUGCAGAUGACAAUUGCCGCGCAGUCAGUAGACCCACCAUCAUCGAUGAUGUUGUGGAAACGAGAAUAAAAGGUCAUUUACUUGAGGUGCAUUCGGUCCCUUUCGCUCAUAAACACUUUUCCACUUCCAGGUCAAAACAGAUUUUAAAUACGACGGUAAUGUUGAAAAUCAGUUCGAGAUGUACCGCAGUGAUUACUUCGGACUCAUCUGCGAUCCUCGUCAUGUGAUUACUCGAGUUAACAGAGACGGCUUGUACAGCGGCUGGAUUGUACGUCACAAAGAAGGAUCGCUGCCAUCGAGGUGGAGAGUAGCUAUGCAUCAAAUUCCUGAAUGUAUCGUGGAUCAGGUCAGUCACCGCUUAUGAAAUAGCUGUUCAUUGUUGAUAUUUGAAGCGCGGUGAUGGAUUGCAAUUGGUCACUGGCAUUGUACAUAGUGAAUCCAAAGAAGGAGACAAAUUCUUUGCGUGGUCCGAAUCAUGCCCUCGAUCAACGAUCGUGUUGUAUCGCUCAUUGUGGUAAAAAAAGGCAAUUUUAAUGACCCAAGAAAAUGUAUCCCUCAAUUUAGCCCGUCGAAAGUUUUUGGACGUUGGCUCGAAAUGUGGAUUGACGACAAAAGGCGCGUUCAGAGACCAAUUCAAGUCUUAAACGAUAAGUUCAAAACCAUCGUCAGAAACGGAGUCGUGGAAGUGCGUAAAUGGAAAUAAUUGCAAGUACAAUCAGUUUUCCAGAUUCUCGCCGACUUUGAUCAUAUGGGGCGGUCAGACCAUGGUGAAAUAUUCCGUAAUAACUACUUCGGCGAUAUCCGUGACCCAUGGGGCAUAGUCCAACGAGUGGAGCGAAGAGGAACGUACAGGGGAUGGAUUACGUACAAGAGACCGGAAUCAGUCGAGACGCCGUGGAGAGUUGCCGACGAUCAACAAGUAGAAUUGGUUAGCGGAAAACAGCUUCAGUCCCUAGUUUUUACAUUUUUCAGUUACCGCCGGGUCUUCCGUAUCCGCCCGCAGAUAUGAGAAGUGAAAGAGGAUCUCGUCGUCCGUCACCUGUUCGUUCGAUGAACGGAGGACGAGACGGGUGGCGGUCUCCGGACAGGGGAGCUCCUCCCGGUUUGGGAAACACAUCGAAUUACGAUCGUUCUCGUGCCGGCUCGUCAGCUCAUUCCGUCCGCAGUGGCCGUUCUCGUUCGCCGGAGAACAGAAGUCAAAACGGAAACAGAUCAUUCCGGGCACCGAGCGAGAAUAUGACCCGUUCCGCAGACAAUUUCAAUCGUCGAGACUCGCACACUCCGGACGGAUAUCCUCGUCACGUGCAGGACGAAUCACGAUCCGUUUCUCAAUUGAGCAUGCGUUCCGGCAUCUCGGAUCUAAGCUACUCUCGCAGUCCAGAAAGAUCGAAUGCUCAGGGACCACAACAAGGUGGCUCAUACAGACCAUCGUCAGCGAGUUUCAAAGGCACUGCGGCGGAGUGUCCCGAUGAUGCGUUCGCUGGUAUUGCUCCCUGUGCCAUGAGCAACGAGAGAGAUCAACGGUCGAAUCAAGCACAUCUGGACAGAACUCUGACUGAAGAUGAUAUGCAACGACUUUCCUUAAACGAAAAGGUUCGAAAUUCGAUGUAAUCUGUGCAUUUCAAUAACAAACCUAUUUAUUUUAGGAGAAGAGGCGUGUUGAUCCCCCGUUCAAUCCGUACGGUAAAUGUGUGAGCCUCAUCACAACAUCGAUUACUCCUGCCGCUUACUCUGCUUCAUCUGAAAAAGAGGCCCGAAAUAAAGAAGUGACUCCGCGGGAGGCUCAGUCGGUUCCAAAGAAGAAGCACACUAUUCUGGCUGCUUCUCAUCCGGAAGGUUACCGAAGACCUCAGAGAACACCGGACGAGGUCGAACUUCAGUAUUUGAAGGAUGUAAGAGAAGUUCUUCGGUCUUUGUUUCCCCUUACUUCCUUCGUCUCAUUUCCGAGAGAAUCUAUAAGUAUAACUUUUCCUUUCGUUUCUCUUUCUGUUCCCUCCACACAAUGCUUGCUCACUCUUGUCUCAUUGAUUUAAUUUUCAGCGGAUGGAACGCGUCCACCAAAUCCUGCAGCGGUUCACGAGCGACGAGUCGAUCAGUCUCCCCAUGCGUCUCGUCAACCUUGAAAUGUACGAAGAGCUCCUUCGCAUAACAAACCCAAGCGAGUCUGGAUUCUUGUUUUAA